GCACAGAGCAGAGUUGAGGAGUGAAUCUAAAACUGAACAAAACCUUCUACAGUGACCUACCUCUCUCUCUGUAACGCUCCCCGCGUUUCCCGGCGGAGACUCCCUCCGACAUUUCAAGACAAACUUCUUUCAAAAUGGUCGGGAUGGGAGAGGGUGACGACGACUGAUCUUCGCGCCUCCAAUUCGUCAUGUCAGUUUCAUGCCCUGACUCUGACUGCUUCUCCGAUCUUCUCUGCUGCGAGGACUCCAACAGUAUUUUCUCCGGUGGGGGAGGUUUCUCGCUGGAGUAUUCCUCUGAAAUUGAAUCCAAGACGCAGGACUUUGAGCUUGAGGAGUCCAUUGCCGGACUAUUGGUAGACGAGAGAGAUUUAGCAGGAUUUUGUUCUCCGUCGACUCAUCAUAAUAUUGAUGCCUCCGUUAGAACGGAAUCUGUAGCCUGGAUUCUCAAGGUGCAGAGACAUUACGGUUUCCAGCCCAUAACGGCGUAUCUAUCCGUCAACUAUUUUGAUCGUUUCCUUCACUCCUAUCAGUUGCCGAAAAUGAAUGGAUGGUCAGAGCAACUAUUAUCGGUUGCAUGCUUGUCAUUAGCUGCUAAGAUGGAGGAGCCCCUUGUUCCUUCUCUUCUGGAGUUUCAGGUUGAGGGUGCAAAAUUUAUAUUUGAACCCAAAACAGUCCUGCGGAUGGAACUGCUGGUUCUAAAGGUUCUUGAUUGGAGGCUUCAAUCCAUUUCUCCUUUUUGUUAUCUUCAAUUUUUUGCGCUCAAGAUCGAUCCGACUGGAACUUUUACAGACUUUUUUACAUCAAAGGCGAAAGAUAUUCUCCUCUCAGCUAUCCAAGAGAUCUGCUUGCUUGAGCAUAGGCCAUCUACCAUUGGUGCUGCAAUAUUACUUCAUGCAGUAAGUGAUCUGCCAAAGUUCUCUUCCAUUACUUCUCAACAAGCUGAAUCAUGGUGUGAUGGACUUCAUAAGGAAAGUAUUAUGAACUGUCAGCAAUUGAUUCGAAAAACCACGUCCUCUAUUAGGCAAAAGAGGCAUCUAAAGAUAUACCCGCAGCUCCUUGAGAUGACUGAAUCAAGUGAAUCCUUAUUCUCUUCCUCCUCUUCCUCAUUUAAAAGGAAGAGAUUAAGUGAAGAAACUUAG